CUUUUGUAAAUGCCAACUGAUUUAUAUUAUUUAAUUAUUGAAUUAUUGUUUCCAGCAACGUUGGAGCUGCAGUUAUCAGACAUAACACACCAACAGGAAGUUUUGCUAGGGGAAGUCGCGGAGCUCAUGGUUUUGUUUCAGCAGUUGCAAGCUACGCGUAUCUAUGAAGAGAACCUAUCAGCUAAAUUCCCCUUUAAUUCAAUCAACGCAGUGGAACAAAUUGAUAAGGACAGAGAGGGGGAAUCGCGUGUCUUAUGUAAGUUAAAGUUCUUUUACAAUCAAAAAGGUAGUAAUAUCAAACUCUUCACUUAUUUCAGGUCAAAACUAUGCGUUGGCUCUUGCUUCCUGGUGGUGUAUGCAAAAACUCAAAAAAUAUCAUCGCCGACGCGGUCACAAUGUUAUACAACAUUGACGGGGUGCUAGGCAAAUAGGGU